GAGAAUCUACGUUCACGGUGAUACAGCCUUGCCAGCUGUCAGCCAUCGAUUGUAAGAACUUUUGCUGUCUUAGAAAGCAGCAUUACGUACGAAAACAGUAUUUUUAAUUUCAUCUACACAAUCAAAAUAAUAUAUCGCACUUCGAAUAAAUUUCACCAGGAAUGGAUAGUAAUAUUCGUUACAAUAUGCCUUCACAAACAAACAGUAACUCAAAUGAUGAACCAUCAUCUCAAAAUGAAAUACCUACACUAACUGUGUCUCUACCAGUCUCACAAAGUGAUAUAAUCAAUUCGGGAAAUAUUGCUGCAGCACAAACUUCAAUUGAAACUCGAAUGACUGAAGAAGAGGACAUUCCACCUCCAAAGGCAGAUUUUUCAGCUCCACCGCCUUAUGAAGUUGCCACAAAAUUACCUAGUUAUGAAGAAGUACAACGUGAGAAAACAUUACAAGGAGAACCUUAUCCUCAAAUUCACAUGCCUGAAAAUAUUAGAACACCGCCAAGGCCUUUAACGAUAUUGGCUAUAGAUACUGAAGCUGCAGAGGGAGAUCCAGAAAGUGGGUUACUUGGCACUGAUUUUAUGUUCUUUACAGCAUUUUUGGUCGCAUUUUUGUUUAAUUGGAUUGGAUUUUUAUUACUGAUGUGUUUUUGUCAUACAAUUGCAUCUCGAUAUGGAGCACUAUCUGGUUUUGGUCUAUCGUUGACAAAAUGGACAUUAAUUGUUAAACAUUCCACUGAUCUUGCAUCACGUGAAAAUUCAUGGCUAUGGUGGUUGAUAAUGGGAUUUGGAGUGUUGAUUUGUGCACGAGCUACUGUUCAAUAUUUAAACAUCAAACGUGGUUGGAGACUACUGCCUGGAAGUGCUCAGGAACGUUUACUCUUUCUUUAUUAAGCCAUUGAACUUGCACCUUUAUUUAACUUGGCUUUAGAACAAACAGCAUUUCUAUCUGGGGUUGUAUUUGUACAAUAUAUAAUCUACACCCUUUAAAAAUAUUACUUUAUAUUGGCUACAUACUAUUCUAUUAUUAGAAGAAAAAAUUAAAAUUAUUAAGACUAUUUGCCAAAUUUGCUUAUACAUGAGAUAAACAAGCAAGGUAAAAACAGAAAUAAAAUACUUUUUGCACACUGUUUUAUGUAUUAGUGUCACAUAGAUAAAAUAAAAUGUAAAUUUUUAUUGCUCAAAUAGUAUGGACAAUGCUUUAAUGCGAUAUAUUAAUUUAUAUAUUGUUCAUUUAUACGAAUAGAUAUACGAAAUCGCUUCGUAACGUCUGGAAUAUGUAAGUUUAUAAUACAUAAAAUUGGAAUUAUGAGUAAAACAGAUUUAUUUUGAAAGGAAAACAUAUAAUCAUUGUCCUUAGACAGAUAUUGAAGUAUAAAAGUUCUAAUAGUGAUAUUGUGUAAUACCUGCUAGUGCUAGAUAAGCUUUUAGAAUUUUGAAUAUAUAUUGAUAAUCUGAAUUGCUUGUAUGUAUAUAUGUGUAUAUGUAUACAUACAUAAAUGUAUAAAAUAAUUGCUGCGUCUAUAUACAUUAUAUGUUAUACUGUCAGAAACUUCAUUGUUAUAUACUUAUUACAACAAUAUAAAAAGCUAA